GAGUGUUUAAGUAAGUUAACAUGGCUCGAAUGAACCGCCCUGCUCCUGUGGAAGUCACGUACAAGAACAUGAGAUUCCUUAUUACACACAAUCCAACCAAUGCGACCUUAAACAAGUUUAUUGAGGAACUUAAGAAGUAUGGAGUUACCAUAAUUGUAAGAGUAUGUGAAGCAACUUAUGACACUACUCUGGUGGAGAAAGAAGGAAUCCAUGUUCUCGAUUGGCCUUUUGAUGAUGGCGCACCACCUUCUAACCAGAUUGUUGAUGACUUGUUAAGUCUUGUAAAAAUAAAAUUUCGUGAAGAACCUGGUUGCUGUAUUGCAGUGCAUUGUGUUGCAGGCCUUGAGAGAGCUCCAGUGCUUGUUGCCCUGGCACUAAUUGAAGGUGGAAUGAAAUAUGAAGAUGCAGUACAGUUCAUAAGACAAAAGCGGCGUGGAGCAUUUAACAGCAAGCAGCUUCUCUAUUUGGAAAAGUACCGACCUAAAAUGCGGCUACGCUUUAAAGACGCCAACGGUCACAGAAACAACUGUUGCAUUCAAUAAAACUGGGUGACUGGUGCCAUUGUCUCAGAAAUGGAACUUGAGAUGGAACCUAAUUUGUCAUACAUAUUAGCCAACAAUAUUGGUUUGGUGAAUA